UUCAAAUCUGCUCGAGUUCGCAUCGUCGCGUACUCGGCCGCUAGCGAAACGCGCGCGUUUUCUUAGCGUUUCUUCCCGCCUCCCCGCCGCGUGCUUUGUGUGUGUGGUCGCUUACAAGUGCUGACGCAAGUUGUUGAUCUGAUCGCUGAUCCAAUCCGUUGCUGUUGUCGCGUUGUUGCAUCACGAAUCGAGAACGAAGAUGCAGCUUCGUGUGUUUGGCCUGGCUUUGAUCGCCCUAAGCCAGAGCUACUUUGCCCUGGCCCAGGGCUAUGACUAUCCCCAGCCGAAGGUGCCCUUCACCGACGGGUACUCGUACCCGCAGCCAGCGAUUCCAUUCCCGCCGCCUGCUCCGAAGGUGACCAGUGGAUACUCCUACCCGAAGCCAGCCGUUCCCUUCCCAGCACCUGAGCAGCCCAAGUACACGCCUCCGGUGCAGCAGAUCAUUCCCCAGGAGCCCAAGCUGCAGGGUUACUCCUACCCGAAGCCUGCCCUCCCAUUCCCACCACCGCUGCCGAAGCAGGGUUAUGAAUACCCCAAGCCUGCUGUGCCUUUCCCACCACCGACGAACCCACCACCUCAGCCGAAGCAGGGCUAUGAUUAUCCCAAGCCCGUCGUUCCAUUCCCACCACCAACGGCUCCACCGCAGAAGUACUUGCCUCCUGUGACCACCACGACGCCGCCUCCACCACCACCACCCAAAUACCUGCCUCCACCGCAGGUGAAGCAGGGCUACGAUUACCCAAAACCAGCCAUUCCAUUCCCUCCACCUACGGCUCCGCCCCAGAAGUACUUGCCGCCCGUGACCACCACCACGCCGCCGCCACCUCCGCCGCCACCAAAGUACCUGCCACCAGCUCAGCCGAAGCAGGGAUACGAUUACCCUAAGCCAGCCAUUCCGUUCCCACCACCAACGAAUCCACCACAGAAAUACUUGCCCCCCGUUGUUCCUACCAUUCCACCCACUCCUAAAUACAUUCCUCCCCCAACCCCCACCUACAUUCCUCCUCCCCAGCCCAAGCAGGGGUAUGAUUACCCCAAGCCCGCUAUCCAAUUCCCCCCUCCUACCAAUCCUCCUCAGAAAUACCUGCCACCUGUUGUUCCCACGAGCCCACCCACUCCCAAGUACAUUCCUCCCCCAACUCCUACAUACAUUCCUCCUCCCCAACCCAAGCAGGGCUAUGAUUAUCCCAAACCCGCCAUCCCGUUCCCUCCUCCCACUGCCCCACCACAGAAGUACUUGCCCCCUGUAACUACCACGACGCCACCUCCACCACCACCCCCCAAAUACCUGCCCCCACCGCAGGUGAAGCAGGGCUACGACUACCCCAAACCAGCCAUUCCGUUCCCACCACCAACGAACCCACCACAGAAAUACUUGCCCCCGGUUGUACCGACGUCGCCACCGCAGCCCAAGUACUUGCCUCCCGUGAAGCCAACGACCCCACCAACACCCAAGUACUUGCCCCCUCCCCAAACCAAGCAGGGUUAUGACUACCCAAAGCCAGCCAUUCCAUUCCCACCACCAACUAACCCCCCACAGAAAUACUUGCCACCUGUGCCGGUCACUAAGCCACCACAGCCAAAAUACUUGCCACCUGUGCAGGCUACCAAUCCACCACAGCCCAAGUACUUGCCACCUCCUCAGGUCAAGCAGGGUUAUGAUUACCCGAAACCCGCCAUUCCAUUCCCUCCUCCCACUGCUCCACCACAGAAGUACCUGCCCCCUGUGACCACCACAUUGGCGCCGGCACCGAAGUAUCUGCCACCUGUGAAGCCCACAAAUCCUCCCCAGCCCAAGUACUUGCCACCUCCCCAACCUAAGCAGGGAUAUGACUAUCCCAAGCCCGCCAUUCCCUUCCCACCACCAACUGCACCACCCCAGAAGUACUUGCCGCCCGUGACCACCACGCCGCCACCACCUCCUCCUCCGCCAAAGUACCUGCCCCCCGCUCAGCCCAAGCUGGGAUACGACUAUCCCAAGCCCGCCAUUCCAUUCCCAGCACCCACGAACCCUCCACAGAAGUAUCUGCCACCCGUGGUUCCUACCAGUCCGCCUACCAGUCCGCCCAAGUAUCUGCCGCCCCCGCAGGUGAAGCAGGGUUACGACUACCCCAAGCCAGUCAUCCCCUUCCCCCCGCCCGCGCCCAAGAGCGACGGGUACUCCUACCCCAAGCCGGCGAUCGCGUUCGAUUUCUAAUCCUCGCCAGGAAGUACCCAUCGCCCAUCACUGAUUAAAUGACACAAUUGCCUCUGUGUGCGCAUAGUGAUCCUUAGGAACGUACGAAAUUGAAUAAUUGUAAUUAACUGUAAUAAUUUAAUUUAAUGCCUAUUUUUAAUGAUGUACCAGGGACCUUGCCCGCGGACUCUCUCCAAUCGAACUUAGUCAUUAAAAUAUGUUUUAAAUUUAUGUUUUAACGAUUACGCAAUGCUGCCGAAUUAAACGAAACACUGUGAAUGUUAAAA